GAGCUAAAAAACUCUGACAACGACAAUGCCGGAGCACACGCCAGCGCCAACUCCACAUAGAGCAGUCUAUGGUUUUGGUUUUUAUUUACUAUUUCUUACUCUUUUCAUUUUGUAUGUAAUGUGGGCAUUGCUUCCAACAGAGAGUUGGGGUUUGCAUUACUUACCUGAUAAAUACUUUGCUGCCUAUCUUCCAAUACUAAUACUUAUGGGCAUGUUUUUCUUCGAGUUCUUCAUUUACCCCGGGAUAGGACUUGCGAUGACACCCAAUGUAGAUCAAUUGGAGUCUGUGAUGGAUACAGCUUUAUUACUUCGACAUGCAGAAAUAGAUAUAGAUGCAAAAUCAUUGAAUACAAGUUUAUGGUCUAGAGUACGACACAAUAUACAAGUGACUCCUCGAAAAGAACGUAAAGUGUUGUCAAAUUGUAGAUAUUGUCAAGGCACGCAUCAACUACCAGCUGCUCAUGAACAGAUAUCUACAUUACGAUUUUUAGAUUUACAAGAUGUUAACCGGAGUAUUAUGGAUUAAAAUAAACCAUAAAUAAAUGCACCAA